AUGACUUCCUCAAGUCGGCCAAAAGUACCACCAAAGCCCAAGAAUCUUAAGGCAUCUCCAAUCCACGAUCCUCAGAAUACGCAGGCAGAAAAAUCCCCACGAACUGCAUUUGUUGGCCCAGGGUCUGAGACUAUACUGCCUGAUUCCACCCCAGAGGAGCGGCCACCUUUGCCAGAAAGGCCCCGCGUCCCAGCAACUGAAACGAUUUCGGAGAAUCCGCCUCGAGUAUUCGGUAUUCCAGUUGUCACCUUACCCCCGGGUUUUCCACAGGCAAACGAAAACAUAUCGUCAGCAAAAUCAGACCCCCCCACAGCCUUCGCUGAAACCAAGGAUGACGUUGAUGAUUUGUUUCGUAAAUCACUCGGGCGGAAAGACCUGUGCUCCAAGUGCCGCUCGCUUCCUGUGGAGAAGUGCGAUGGGAAUCCCCUGGGAGAGGCGGAUGAGAAUGAGGUGCACUGGGCAACACCAUUGUCUCGAAUCAUUUUCCAUGCAGAUUGGUGUCGAAUGUGUCAACUAUUACUCUCUAUGCUUGUUCGCCCUGAAUUUGACCCUUUCAAACACCCCGAAGUUGCACCAUAUCUCCAGGAAAAACUUCAAGGAACCUCUAUGAGCCAGUGGGUCCAGCAGGGCUGGAAAUUUACGGAUAAGAACUGGCCAUUUGGGAGGAGCGAAUACCGUCAUGCUGGUGCCACACAUAUGCUUGGUCCCGCGCGAGACAUCCUUUGGGAUGUAAUACGCAGACCAGAGAUAAUACAUACAUUGUCCGCAGCUGUCAGGGUUGCUGCUACUGGAUCCUUAAAACCCCUUCAAAACACCAAGAGACGAGAAUUGAGUAGAAGCACUUAUGGAGAUGGACUGAAAGAGGGUAGGGAGGCGGCGACGAAAUACCCCCUAAGCUGUGCUCUUGAAAUUUCUAUAAUGACGAGAAAGCAUCCUGAGUUUCCAGGUUUGGUAUUCGCGAGCCUUGUCGGGUUUGGAAACCGUCCAGGGGGAGAUCCACAGAUACUGAGUCGGUUCCGUCUCCGCGUCACUAAUCCAGCAACAGAUCAGAUUCUCAAUACUAUGACAGGUCUAUCAUAUGGCAGAAUUCUUGACAAAAAUUGGAUCGACCCUUCCACCAUGAGACAGUGGCUCAUUCACUGUGAAAUGCAUCAUGGAGACCGGUGCAAAAAGCACGACUGGGGAAUCAUUAUGCAGCGGCCUCGAUUUUUGCGACUCAUUGACGUCCACAACCUUCGCCUUGUUGAGGUUCGUAAUCCUGCGAACCAUCGGUUUCUGGCUCUAUCCUAUGUAUGGGGGCAAUCCAACACCGUCAGACUCAAUUAUGCCAACAAAGAGGAAAUGAUGCAACUUCAAGGUCUUAGAAGAUUUCUUGAUUCUCUCCCACGAACUAUUGUGGACGCAAUGGAACUUGUCAGAGCUAUUGGUGAGAAUUUUCUAUGGGUCGACACUCUGUGUAUAUUGCAGGAUAAUACAUCGGAGGCUCGGGAGCAGAUUGCAACCAUGGAUCGAGUCUACGGAAGUGCCGUGCUCACUAUUGUUGCAGCUCAAGGUGCAGAUGCCAAUGUUGGGCUCCGUGGAAUUCAGAGGAAGUGGUAUCCUUCCGAGAAUACUAGUUUGCCACGUAAGAUCGCACAAGAGUCGGUUGAAAUAAAAAAUGGGACGCAUAUCAUUGCACCCUUUCCUUGUACUCAAGAUCUGACGAAGACAAUCUGGAAUUCAAGGGCAUGGACCUUCCAAGAAAAGCUCUUGUCCAAACGGUUUCUCAUUUUUUCCGGAGAUGAGGUUGUGUGGCACUGUCGGCAAAUGAUUUGCAGAGAGGAUAUGCACAACGGGGACUGUGGAUACAACACUGACCCUCUGGAAUGGUUAUCUUUAAAGCCUCAGUACUUCGGGGUUGAUAUUGAUAGACACUGGGUUGACGGAAGCUUGAAGAUCGAUAGGCACGGCAGAACACGGGUUGUUCGUUCGGGAACCUUUGCCGAGUACGCGAAAGCGGUUGAAAACUACACAUCACGCCAGACCACGUACAAUUCGGAUGCUAUCAGAGCUAUGGAAGGUCUGCUUCACAUCUUUCAACGAAGUUUCAAAUCCGAGUUCAUCUGUGGUCUGCCCGAAUCUCUACUAGACAUUGCUUUGCUGUGGAGAGCGACGAGGCAACUAAAGAGGCGCGAAGGGUUCCCUUCUUGGUCCUGGGCAGGCUGGGAAGGCCAAGUCACCUACAAUAAGCCAAUGGCAGUAGAAAGAGAUAAUGCUGGGAAUGUAAGGUCUGCCGAAAAGACAGAAUCUGGCGAAGAAGGCAUUCAGCCAUUACUGCGAUGGCACAUUUGCGAUGAGUCUCAACGAGAGGUGAAGCGCGUGGGUGACCAUGGGUGGGGGGUUCCGCUCAAACAGGGUGUCCCUCUAGAGUGGGAGGCAACACCCUACUACGCCGGUCAUCAAAGCGACCACAAAAGAUUUGAUCGACCAAUUCUAAUAUCUGAUCUGGAGCCCCGGCAGCUUUCUUAUCUAUCAAGCAGCAAAACCCCUCAUCUCGUCUUUCUCACAAGUUGUGUUGACACAUUUCAACUUGGCGACUACGUCCUUCAAAACGGUGAUUUAGAAAGACUCAAUUCGUUUGAUCCUCCAGAAACCUCCGACCAGCGACCGCUACGACUAUCCAUCACAGACUCAGAGUUGCAGUGGGUUGGUACCAUUCUUCUCGAUAGCAGUGGACCAGAAUGGAUUUAUAGAGGCCAACAUGAAUUCAUUCUGCUCUCCGAGGCUCAAUAUUUUGGCCUUGAUCAAGAGAAAUACGACGUUGGCGAAUUCCCCCUUUACUCAAUUAUGCUUGUGAAGCGUGAUAUUACUGGGAUUGGGAAGGGUCAAUAA